AUGUGUAAAAUAAAAAACAAACUCACCGCUUACAUCGCGUUCAUCGAAGGAAAGAACGAGGUUGGAUCAGGUGGAUGUGAUCCCAGCAUUCAAGGGGCAAUUUAUUAUAGAGACCACUGGUCUCAGCAUCGUGCUCAAGAAAUUCGAAAUAGCUGUUGCGUUCCAUCCUUAAUUAUCACCGUAGCUGGCCCAUGGUUUUGUGUUCUUGGAGCUGUCUUUCUUAAUAGGGUAGUAGUCCAGCCACUAACAGAUACCAUUCCAUUUACAGUCAAUCUACGAAAUGAUGUACAAGUGAUGCGAAUUGCUCGCCUUUUUCAGGCACUAGAUAUUGCUUUUGACCACCUUACCUCUUUUUACCAGAAGGUGGAAUUAUCAUCAUUACCAUCAGACCGGCGGGUUUUCCCUUAUAUUCAACAGGCUGGAUUCGGGAAGAAUGCUUUUUCUUUUACCUACAUAUGCGAAAUAUUGGAUGACCAUUCAAGACCUAUCUGGAAGGCUAUGAGAGACGAUAAUAACAAAAUGAUUGUUGUGAAAUUUGCGCUUAAAUACAAUGCUAAAGCACACAUUAUUUGUGCGAAAAAAAAUUAUGCUCCGGAACUGUUGUAUUACAGUGAUGAAGAAGAAGCCAAGAGAUUGGGGGGAUAUAAAAUGAUUAUCAUGGAAUAUAUUGAUGGUAUUUCACUUGCACGGAAAUUCAAUAGAGGCGAGAUCAAAACUAAAAAUAAUAUUUAUGCUGAUGUGAAGGAAUCUAUUAAACUGCUACAUGACAAGAACUUAGUGUUUGCGGAUCUUCGAACACCAAACAUUCUGGUUGAUGAAAUAGAUGGAUGUCAGCGAGCAAAACUUAUUGACUUCGAUUGGUGCGGAGUUCACAAUCAAGAUAGGUAUCCACUGUCAAUGAAUCCAACAAUAUCAUGGCCUUAUGGAGUGAAACCUUAUGCCUUACUCCAAAAAGAUCAUGAUCUUACCUGGCUUAAUGAGUUAAAAGAGCUUCUAGAUAAUUCAGCAAAAAGUUCACCUCAAAGCCCAAUAACUUCUGCAUCAAAAUCAUCUCAAAGUAUUAAUAUACCCAUACAUCAAAAAGCAUCAAGUUCUCAUACAUCUACACUUCAAAGUAUGCUUCCAAAUAUACCUCAAAAAGCAUCAAGUUCUUCAAUAAGUUCUCAUAUAUCUAAACCUCAAAGUAUAUUUUCAAAUAUACCUCAAAAAGCACCAAGUUCUCAUACAUCUACACUUCAAAGUAUGCCUCCAAAUAUACCUCAAAAAGCAUCAAGUUCUUCAUUUAUACCUCAAGGUUCAGCAACUUCCGCAUCACGUUGGAAUCCACGUGUUUGUAGCUGUGGUUGUAUUACAUUUCGACCAGGUAUAUUUAACAGAAAGGAAUGCAACUCUUGUGGUCAUACACACUAA